UAUUGAAAAAGAAAAAGAAAAUGACACGAAGAGGAAAAAAUAAAAAUUCUUAACCAAAGACUGGGGCAUCGACUCCAUGGAAGAGAGAUGAGUGAAGACUUAAAUACGGUGACAGCUUGGCAAUGGCAGACUGAUGAGGUUCUGAGUUAGUUGACACCUUUGAAACUCCACCACUACCAUCCUACUCCCUACUUGUUCGCAUUUAUUAUUCUCAAUUUCCCACUCUGCAAUCCGACGAAUUUACCAACGCCAUCGUUUGUUCUUAACUUCCCCCAAUUCAAUUCACCACUUUACUUUACUCCAUUUCCAAUCUCUUUUCAACCCAAACACCAAACCUUUUUCCUUUCGCUCUGUUGCUUGUAAGAGUGGGAGAGAUUGGAAUUGCGGGGAUCCAUUUUUUUAUUUUCCUAUUUGUCGCGGUUGGUUGGCCGCCACCAGCUUUUUGGAUUGGCUGUUCCCCAGUUUCUAACACUCUAAACCAAUUCAAAUUCAUUGCCUCAGAUCGCUUCUAACCUAUGAAUCUUACUCCUCGAAAAGGGCAUGGAAACAAGCGGUUUUCGUGGUUAUAAUAUGGUGGUCUUUAUGUGGGUGACUGUUCUUCUCCUUCGGUUGAAACCUUGCUCCGCUGGUUUUCAGAACGUUGGGCAGAUUUCUCCGGGGCUUCAAGGGACCCAGAUGAACUGGGUCGAUCACGACGGGGUGUUUCUUCGAUCCAACAACUCCCAAUUUGGCUUUGGAUUCACCAAUCCACAGGAAGUGACGCAAUAUUUUCUGGCAGUCAUUCACUUAAAUAGCAGGAAAAUCGUAUGGACUGCGAAUCGGGCCUCUCCAGUUUCGAACUCUGAUAAAUUCGUGUUCGACGAGAAAGGUAAUGUAAUUUUAUACCGUGGAGGCAAUGUGGUUUGGUCUACGGACACCAUGGACAAAGGAGUCUCUGCUCUCGCGUUGAUGGAUUCGGGAAACUUGGCUUUGCUGGGAAAUGAUAAUGCCGUAAUUUGGCAGAGUUUUAGUCAUCCGACUGAUACUCUCUUAUCGAAUCAGGGUUUUGUUGAGGGAAUGAGACUUGUGAGCGAGCCUGGUUCGAACAAUUUGACCUAUUUUCUAGAACUUGAAUCUGGGGACAUGGUUUUGUCUGCAGGAUUCAAAACCCCACAAACGUAUUGGUCCAUGAGCAAAGAGAAUCGCAAAACGAUCAAUAAAGAUGGUGGGUCUGUGACCUCUGCAACUCUGAUCGGAAACUCGUGGAAUUUCCAUGGCGAAAACGAAGCUUUACUCUGGCAAUUUGCUUUCUCCACCAAUACUGAUGCAAACGCCACAUGGAUUGCGGUUCUGGGAGACGACGGAUUUAUCUCCUUUUACAAGCUUCAGAGUGGUGGGUCUGGAGAAGCUUCGUCCGUUCGAAUUCCAGAAGAUCACUGUGGAACCCCGGAGCCAUGUGGGUCGAAUUUCAUCUGCUACAGCGAGAACAAAUGCCGCUGCCCUUCGAUUCUUGGCUCGCACUCAAAUUGCCAGACGGGGAUCGUUUCGCCAUGUGAUGAAUCGACGGGACAUGUGGAACUUGUGGAGCUUGUGGAGUCUGAAGAUACGAUCGGUUAUUUUUCACUCCAAUUCACGCAGCCCUCUUCGAAAACAGAUUUGGAGAAUUGCAAAUCCUCUUGCAGAAGUAACUGCUCAUGUAUUGCUCUGUUUUUCCAGGCCAGUUCCGGGGGCUGUUUCUUGUUCGAUGAUAUAGGUGGGUUUCAAAACUCCAAGAACUCAGAAUUCGUUUCGUACAUCAAGCUGUCGAAAAACGGAGAAAAUGGUGGAAACAAUGGCGGAAAUGGAGCUAGUGAAAAGAAGCCAAUCGCUGCAAUUCUGGGCAUUGCCCUUUCCACUACGAUUGUCAUUUGUGGUCUGAUUUACGUCGGAAUUCGAUACAUUAGAAAGAAGAAGGAAUCUCCAGAACCUCCUCAAGAGAGUUCGGAAGAGGAGAAUUUCUUGGAGGGCCUCUCGGGGGCUCCGAUUCGUUACAGUUACAAGGAUCUUCAAACCGCGACGGAUAAUUUCUCAGUGAAACUCGGGCAAGGUGGGUUCGGUUCAGUUUACAGAGGAGUUCUACCAGAUGGGGCUCGUUUGGCAGUGAAGAAACUGGAGGGAAUCGGGCAGGGAAAGAAGGAAUUCAGAGCUGAAGUAGGCAUAAUCGGCAGCAUCCAUCACAUCCAUUUGGUCAGGCUCAAGGGAUUCUGCGCCGAGGGAACCCGUCGCCUUCUGGCUUACGAGUUCAUGGCCAAUGGGUCUCUCGACAAAUGGAUAUUCAAGAAAAACAGAGCAGAUUUCUCACUGGAUUGGGACGCGAGAUUCAACAUAGCCGUAGGAACAGCGAAGGGCUUAGCAUAUCUUCACGAAGACUGCGACGCCAAGAUCGUCCACUGCGAUAUCAAGCCAGAAAACGUACUUUUAGACGACAACUUCCAAGCCAAAGUCUCGGAUUUCGGCCUCGCAAAGCUAAUGAACCGCGAGCAGAGCCAUGUGUUCACCACAUUGCGAGGAACCAGAGGCUACCUCGCGCCAGAAUGGAUCACAAACUACGCCAUUUCAGAGAAGAGCGACGUGUACAGCUACGGAAUGGUACUGCUAGAGAUCAUAGGCGGAAGAAAAAACUACGACCCAACGGAGAGCUCGGAGAAAUCCCAUUUCCCAACCUACGCUUUCAAGAUGAUGGAAGAAGGGCGGCUCAGGGCCAUCCUCGACGCAAAAUUGAACAUAAACGAAAACGACGAGAGGGUUUUGGUAGCGAUUAAGGUUGCGCUGUGGUGCGUGCAGGAGGAUAUGCACCAGAGGCCGUCGAUGGCGAAAGUGGUUCAAAUGCUUGAAGGGGUUUGCGGUGUGCCGCAGCCGCCGAUUUGCUCGCCGCUGGGCUCUCGCCUGGUUGCGGGGUUUCUGAAAUCUAGCAGCGGGGAGUGGACUUCGUCGGGGCCGUCGGACUGUAACAGCGAUGCGUAUCUUUCGUCGGUGCAGCUGUCUGGGCCAAGAUAGUGGGCGGAAGCUCUGCCUCAUCUCUUAAGCCUUAUUUGUAUAAACUUGCGCUAAAUUUUCAGAUUGCUGCAGUUUUGUAACACCAGAUUUUGCUUAUGUACAGCUUCUUUGAUUAUCAGUUCUA